CCUUUUGAGAGCAACUUCAGCACACGUCCGUGUCUUUUGACUUUGUUCAUCUUUCCAAAUUCUCUCUACCUCACACACAUCAUAGACUCAUCUACGACACUUCCUGUGUACAGUGCAUCCCACGCGUUGCACUGUAGCAGUCCAAAGCUCGGGUCAAACACUUCCGUUGCUAAGCCUCCUUCUUUGAGACCAUCCCCGCCUAAAAAAAGAACCAAGGAUACUCGGCAGAUCAACAGGAUCAGCGUCUAGGGUCUAGCACGUGGAUGCAAAUCCCCUGAGCGACCGAGUCUGGGCUAUUCACGAUCGACACUGAAAUAACCAAAUAAGGUCUCGCUAUCUGGCUCCAUCUAGACCUGAUCUUCUCGUCCCUCUUCCAUUCGCCUUGGAUGCAGCGAUCAACUCGACAAGUGGCCCUCGUCUCGUUCACCUGAGCGCCGUAUCAGGUGCUUUGCUCUGAGUCUCGACUCAUGAGCGUCCAUUCGUUUGAAAAUUGCGCCCGAAUACCACCACAAUCGUUUUGAAUUCGGAGCUAGCCGUUCACCUCAUUCCACCAUGGCUCACCAAACAACAAUAUCAGGAGCCCGAUCGUUGCCACAUCGUGUGUCCCGAUCACACUCGUCGACUAUAAUACUCUCUCUAAUGAUAAUACUUGUGUGGCUGGCUACGAGCACAGCCGCUUUCGACAUGACGUUCAACUCACGGGAAAACGAGUCGGAGUUUUUCCAAGAGCUGGCGCAAAGAGGCGAAAUUCACGUCGAUCGACGUAUGCCCUCACCAAUGCCAACACCAUUUCUCCAACCACGACAAGAUGUUGUUCCUGUCGACAUUUCCGAAUCACAAACGGCCUCCGACGUAGCCGAGACAACGACACGAGCCUCGGCCGCCACGUCAGAUCGUCCUGAGACCUCUUCAGCAGAUCAGUCAUCCUCAAUCCCUCCAACAACCACAUCUGGUUCGUCCUCGCGGCCUUCAACCACAACAGUCAUGACCGCACUUCCAUCAGCAUUCGACACAUCAUUAGGGAGUAACUUUACCAACCCAUCCUGUCCCAAAUUCUUCUCCACAUUCCUCGCCAACGCAACAUUCCAGUCAUGCAUUCCAGUCUCAUUGUUCCUUCAAAACUCGUAUUCCUUCAUCCGAGUUGAACGGGAUGAGAGCCUUUUGGAACAGACCCUCGACGCCGCAUGCAAGGCACCUCUGGCCAUCUGCCAACCAUUACUAGCUGGCAUUGCUAGAGACCUAAUUGAUAGUCGCAACUGCGGGUCGGAUUUCAGCCGACAGAAUCCGUUGGUGAUGCAGGCAUAUAAUGGACUAAUUGCCUAUGAGCCAGUGUACCGAGCAACUUGUCUCAAGAACACAGUCACAGGGACGUAUUGCUUCACUGAAGCCAUUCUCAAUUCAACCAACCCUACCGAGUUCUACCCCUACUACACAGCCAUUGGCAUGAGUCUUCCUGCCACAAUCCAACCCUCCUGUACCGAGUGUCUUCGGAAUGUCAUGGAGGUAUUUGCUAGCUAUGCCGAGGACGCAACUCAGCCCUUGGCCAAGACGUAUCUCCCAUGCGCCAAUCAGGUGACGGCCCACUGUGGUGCGGACUUCGCCAGGACUGAUGUUCAGGUGGGCUCGCUUAUGGCGCAGAACAAAGCGUCGCCGUCAGGAGUGUCGAUAUCGAUGAUGGCAUUUGUAGCCGCUAUAUCCCUGUACAUGGGCCUUGUAUAGUAUUGGCGGCAAAGCUUGGAAAAUUGAAAGAAUAUGAAACCUAUCUUCAUUGGAGAGGAUAUUUACGAAAGAGUUGGCAUCUCAGCAUGGCGUUGGAGGAAAAGCCUUGAUGAUUGAUCAAAUGAAUAUAAAGGCAUUGGAUAUAAUUGAUCAGUACAUAUGAAUACAGAAUAUUAUUCGGUGUUUGAUA